AUGGAAGAUCUGAAAGUAUUCAUUGAGUCAAACAUCUUCUCUGCAGCUUGCCCUAAGGAGAGGGAUUCAGAAGAAAAGGCGAUGUUUAAGGGCGGAAUUGUGUCGUUGGAUCUCUUGCAGAGCAUGAGACCGAAGACCGAGAUAGAGAGCAGCCGCCUGAGUUACGUGACAAACCUAUGUCUUGCCGUCCCCAGGCCGUUUCCGAUUUCAGACGAGCUAAGCGGGCUGGAAAAGGCAUGCAUGAAGCUGUCGUUUGGAGAAUAUGAGGAUAUUGAUCUCUCCAUGUAUGGCUUCCGACACGAGCUAGUUGGAGCUAUUCCCACGAGAGGGGGGUGCGGGAAUUCCAUACUGGUUGUGAGAUGCAGCGGCACGAAAAACGGAAGAGAGCACGUCUACUCCACCCGGAGGUAUGAGUUUGGCAACGAAAUUGUCGAAAGUCUAAGUGUGGAGGAGCAGGCCAUACUCCUGGUCGAAGCGAUAAGGAUUUUUAAUACGGAAGUUUGCCAUGAUCUUAGGAGACUAAAGAUUCAGGCAUACAUAGACAGAGUGCUGUUUCCAGAAAACGAAGGAAACGAAAUAGUUAAGAUGACUGCCCAUUACUACCUCAUGAUGCUGAAUCUAGAGCCAUGCGAAUUGGAUUUUCCUUGUGAAAAGAUAACAGAGUCGGCAUUUGAGCUUCCCUUUGUGUUCCGCAGUGAAUGGGAGAAGGUGCUAGGUGACGCCUACUACAAUUACUCUGCCCAUGAAAAGGCCUUGGAGUACUUCAGGAAGCAUGGAUGCAAUACCAAGGCCAUCAAUUGUCUGAUAAAACUCAAUAGGGGGAAUGAAGCAGCCGGAAUGGCGCUCAAGGAAAUAGAGAGCAUCGGAGACCCUACAAGCCACCAGUCGAGGGUGAGGCUUUGCAACAUGAACACGAUUGUUGGUACUAUAACUGGCGAAGAGAUAUAUUUUGACAGGGCAUUUGAUGCAUACCGCUCAUAUGAGCCGUUAAGGGCCAAGGGAGUUUAUUUCCUCAAGGCUGGCAACGCCAAGAAGGCAGCAGCCUCUUUUGAGGAGGCGCUUAGGCUGGCUCCACUAAACACAGAGAUACAGUUUCUGUAUGCAUCUGCCCUUACCUCUUUGUCAAGAUUUUCGGAGGCUGCUGCUGUUUAUGAGAGGCUGGCUGCAGACGACCAGAAGAAUGCGGUGUUUCUGCGAAACCUAGCUAUGUGCAGGAUUCAACUCAAGGACAUUGCAAACGGACUCUCGAGUCUUAAGAAGGCAUCUAUGUACGACAAUGGUGCAAUGCAGGCCUACUUUCUGAUGUCCAUUAAGUACAACAUGCCAAGGGAGAUAAGAUACUCUCUGGAAAGAGUAAGCCUCUUUGAAGACCUUGAAGACGGAGUUGUGUAUCUCGUCGAAAAUAGGAUCCUUCGGAAAGAUGAGGUGAAGUCUGCAUUGAUGAAGAACAGCAGGAUUGCACAUGUAGUAGAGUCGUUGAUGAAAAGGGUGGACUCAAUCCGAGUUCAAUAG